AUGGCCGACACACCGACGGCCGACACACCUUACAUUGAGGGCAAGAACGUCGUCAUCGAGAUGGACGCGACCAAGGCCGAGCUCCCGCGCAUCUCGCGCAAGUUCAAACUCACGUUCGCGGCGAUCGUGUUCAUCUUGCUCAACGGGCUCGCCUUGUACCUCUUGCACUUCCUGGACCGCGGGUCGAAGUCCCAGUCGACGAGCAUUCUUCUCUCGAGCGCGUCGUUUGGCAGCAAUGGCGCCAACCAAAAGCCCGUGAGUUUCGCGCCCAACGGAACGCUCCGCGUCGGCGCCGGCACAACUGCGUAUCUCGAUGCGGCCGCGCUUCCGAGCGACACGAUGCAGUACAUCAACACGGUGCGCAUGGGGACGACCCAGUCGACGUACGCGACCAACAUCUUGACAUACUAUUUGCCGUCCAAGCUCCAAUCGGUCGUGACGACCGUGACGGCGAACGCGGACAAGACGCUCAGCAUGGCGGAGGCGCCGAGCGACAAUGUCCUCUCGGGCAAGACCAUCCGCGGUCCAUUGACGCCGCUCAUGCGCAUGUCCCCGGCUGACUUUACGCUGGCCGGCGCGGCGGCCGUGACGACACCGACGGCCGUGACGCUCGACCUGGUCCCAACGUCCACCGAGAGCUUCGUCGUUGGCUACACGGGCAUGCUGGGGCCUGUAAACCCGAAGCGUCUCUCGCUGGUCGAGACGUAUGGCAACGUGGCUGGCAUCGGCAGCGGCUCCAAUGGUGUGACGGUCACCGGGUCCGUCUCCGUCUCGGGCUCGCUCACGACUGGCCAAGCGUACUAUGCGACGACGCGCGGUGACAUUGUGACCGUGACGCAAACGGACGCCGACUACUUUUACACGGCGGGUGACGCCACAAUUGUCACCAAGAGCUCCAAGAUCGGCGUGGCCGUCUCGGGCAGCGACUUGUACGUGGCGCCGAUGAACUAAGCUCCAACAACUGCAUAUCGCAUUUUUCUAACUCUCAUAAUGCACAUUUCCAAUUUCUU